CUCUGUCUUUUUGUAGUUCCUCUGAAUAUUUGCAAAACACCGUUAAUUUCAAAUCUUUUCUACGAAGCAGUAGAAACAAGUUUCUUUGCUACUGUUUCUAUUGGCUAAAACAGGUCCUAAAUCGGAUAAAAAUGUCUCUGUUACCUAUCGCGGAGUGUACUGUUUGUAAGCUACAAACAACAUUUUCAGUUCCGUGUUCCAACUGCUGCCACACAUAUUGUGCUGGUUGUUUCGGUAUGCCGAACGACAGCGCAGGGGGCAGAGUCCGACUAUUUUCACUGCUUUCUGUCCGACUAUGUUUCCGUUGCAAAACCGUGAAGCAGGAGGAAACAUCGGAAGUCGAGCAGGAGCAGUGUAGUUCUCACGGAAGGCAUUUUAGAUUGUUCUGCUUUACCUGUGAAGCGCUACUUUGCGACGAUUGUUUUCUUCUGGAAGGAGCUCAUAUGCGUCACAAAAUCGAUUUUGUUGAUGCGGUUUACAAGGAGAGACGCGCAAAUGCCGAUCGCAUGUUAACUAAUUUGCAAAAACUACAAAAUCCCGACGUUACACUCUGUGAGAAAAACUUGGAAAGCAUUCUCGUCGCAGAACGAUCGAUUUCGGAAGACGCUGAAGCAAUUUACCAGCAAUCGAAGCAAAACGUCAAGCGAAUCAUUAAUGCACGGAACCUAUUACUCCGGGAGCGGAUGGAGCUGCCUGCGAAAAGGCGAAAGUUAAAUGACGACUUGUAUAGAAAGGUAACUCAGUUACCACGCGUGGAGUUCUUCAAAAAGCAAGCCUCUAUCCAUCGACAAUGCGAUGAACUGAUUUCAUGUAUUGCCUCCGAACAAUUUGUUCCGACGCAAUUUGACGAUAUUGGAUGCGAGUUGGUUCCGUCGUAUAAGAUGUACACAUGCACACUUACCGAUUUUCAUAGUUCGCUUCACUGGUCACAAAACUGGGUAACCAUUUCCGAUAUCGCGUGGAAUAUUUCGUUACGUAAAGACGGUAACAUUUUUUUAAAAGUGGAAUUUUGUGACGACACAGCGAAUCGUGAAACGUAUAAACUUCUGGUCAUCGUUCCCCACGAAGAUAUUCGGAAGACGAUUCGUAAAACCUACUUCCUUAACGGUGAAUCUGGCGAGGAGACAAUUGCUUCGGUUGCGUUACUUUUGAAGGAGAAUUUCAUCAAUUCGAACGGAGAUCUCGUCGUGACAAUAGGUAUCAGACCAACUAAUAUUGUUACCGAAAAUCGAGUUUUGAAGGUACAGACUCGUGAACUGCAAGACAAAAUCAAUCAACUGGAAAAGGAACUGUCCUCAUCAGAAAUAGAUUUGCGUUGCAAAUUUUACAUUAUGCACUUCAAUUUGAGUAUUUCAAAGCAGCUUAAGAAAAAUCAAGUGGCACACCAUUCGUCACCCGUUUCGGAUCGCUCUAGCCGACAGUGGUGUCUCCGGGUGUAUCCAAUGGAUGACACAGACGCGAAUCUCCGGGCGUAUGUGGUGCUACGCCAAGGUACUCCCACAAGGUGCCGCUACUUCAUAGAGCUCAUACACAACAAUCCCAACAAUAGUUUGCGUUUUUGUACCGAAAUUUUCUUCGAAAGAUUGAAUGAAGGCCACGGGUGGCAUCACCUCGCAACCCGCGAAAAAUUGCUGAGCGAUAUCGGAUACUAUCCGAAUCAGGUGUUGCGCUUUAGAUUUGGAGUGCAACCUAUCGAUGAUUGAGUUUUGGUUCUAUUAUAACAUUUAUCAACCCUUUCAUUUAAAGAGAAAACGAAUAUGUGCGUUUUUUAUUAUCUGGAAUAAUAAAACCUGUUAUGUACCGAACGGUACAAUAUUCAAUGUUUCCUGUGCAAACUUUAAUGUUAAGCCAUCGAGUACUCAUAGUUUUUGGAAGGUUGAUAUCGGAAGCAAGGCGUUAUACUAUAGGUGGACCGCAAUGUC